AUGGCGAACGGAAGUUCCGCCGCGGGUCCAUCCAACGCGGGUUCGUCUAAUUCGGACGACACCUCUUCGAACAAAAACGAGACAAAGACUCAGAAGACUAUCCGAGAGCUCAAACAACAAAUUGAGUUCUUUAAGGAUGACAAAGCCCUUUUCGCCGCAGACCAGAAGAAGAUCGUGGAUCGUCUCAAGGCCCAUGUCAAGCAGCUCGAAACAACAAACGAUGACAAUGUCGUUACCUGGUCGAGGGGUAUGGCGAAUGAUCUACUCUGGCUGAACCAGGCGGGCGACAGCGGCUAUAAGAACGUUCUUGGGGGCAAACCCUCUGCUCAAAUCAAGAUUCCCCAAGAAGAACCUAUUGUUAAGACCAAUUCGAAGAAGCGAGUACACCGACCAAAGACGUCAAUUCAAAUAAACGAUGACCACUUUCGUGACCGGUUGAAUAACAUUUUGCAGUCCGGACAAUCCUUCAUGUUCGUUCACUUACGCUAUCGUGCAUUCAUUGACAAAAACACGGGAAUGCCAAUUGAUCCCGCUCCAGUCAGGCCUAUCCUCAGCACACUGGAUAUCGAUGAGAUUACCAAGGUUCCAGUAGGUAUCCUUAGCGAUUGCACCCCGCCCACAUACAAAGCAACAAGAACCAAUCCUCGAGCUGGCAAGAGCUGCGUCCUGAAGCCUAUCAUGCCCCAGCCAAAAGAGAAAGAUGCCGUCCAGUACGUUAUAACCGGCGAUGAUCAGACCCUUAUCUCAAGAGGAGACAUCGAGUGGUAUCCUAGUUUUGCGCAGUUUGAUGAUGAGGCCCGCCAUAAGAAGUUCCAAGAGCUAGCCAAUGACGCUCGCCUAAGGUACGGCAGAAAAUACCUGUCCCUUCUUGCCGCCUUUGAACCAAUCAACCGCAAAUGGAUACAAGCAAGGAAACUCUGGGAGUUCGAACUGAUUACUGAACUUUGCAAAAACCCCCUCACCCGCUGGCCCAAGGGCACAUCCGCAGAGGAAGUUGCUGCCCUAGGCUUUGAAGAACUCAUUACUACCGCGGACGAAAUUAUCCCCAAUGUGAUGCGCGCCCCGACCAUCGUCGACACAGCUCUUAUGCAGGAAAAGUCCAAGGAUCUUGCAGAUGACAUUGAAGCCCAGACGGAAGCCGCUAAGGUGAUCAAGUUUCUUAAAAAGAGACACGGCAAGGGCGGAACGAAACACUCUCGUGCAGUAUCCCUGGACAGUUCCGAUAUCCUCAAGCGUCCCAUAUCAAAGCGCUCAUGCGAACAGUUCGUGGAGUACCUGAAGCAACGAGUGCAGCAAGAGGAUCCUGACAUUGAACUCCCCCAGUUCACGGACGACGCCGCUAACAAUGUCCCUAUUUACGAAAGCUUCAUGGGAAAUCUGGGUUUUGCACUGGACGAUAUUGAGCGGAAGGAUUGGAAGAAAUAA